AAGCUGAAGAUUCUCGGUCUUCACAUCGGUGAUUUCAUCCUUGAAAAGCACCAACAAGAAGCCAAGAUGAAACUCCAGGUUCUUGCUGCCGUUCUUCUUGUCUUUCUCCUUUGCCCAAAUGCCAAUGGGGAUUUGGGGGGACUUCUCAGUGUUGUUGAUAAACUGAAGGAAGAAGUAAAUACACUGACUGGAGAUCUAGAAGGAGAGUUAAAGAAACUGGAGGGUCUUGUUGAUGACAAACUGCUAGCUACAGUGAAGCAACUGUCUGAAGACGUAAAGAAUGUAGAAAACUUAACAGAUGAGGAACUGCAGAAAUUAAAAGAGAAAUUGUCCACAUUAGUCAAAGAAGUGCAAACCAAGAUUGAGAAUACUGAGGGACAGGCAAAAGAAGAUUUGGAAAAAGUGAAAGAAAUUGUGCUGAGCCUUGAAGAGAAAGUGCAAAACAAACUGAAUGAAGAUUUACAGAAACUGACAGAAGAAGUAAAUGGAUUGAAGGAAAAAAUAAGUAAUGUAGAAAACUUAACAGAAGAGGAAUUGCAGAAAUUAAAAGAGAAAUUGUCCGAAUUGAAAGAGAAAUUGCAAACUCUGGUUGAGAGUGCUGAGGGAGAUGCGAAAAAAGAAUUGGAAAAACUGAAAGAAGUUGUACAGGGCCUUCAAGAAAAAUUGUUAAACAGCCAGUAAGUGAGAAGACUUACGGAAGAUGAUGGACUCCGUUGUCGAUGACUUCCUGCUCAUAUGCUUUCUGCGCUGCCACCUCGAGGCAAUAAAGUGAAAAGAAAUAUAACACAAAUCACAGUAGUCAAACGUAUAGAAAACCAGUGAUUGAUUCCGUUGCCUUUGUAACACAGGGCUGAGGGCAAUAAGAACUGCCCCAUUACUGCCCGGGAGGAUGGCCAAAGCUUUGCAAAAAAUAAAGAAAAUUGCAACUGCA